AUGGCUUCAGGCGAGCCUCCUCCGGCGACCACAAAUGGACUGGUGGUACCGAUUGUUAUUUGGGGACAAAAACCCCCGGAUGACAGAAUAACGGCGGUUCGAUAUUUGAGUGAUAGAACCACAAUAGUCACAGGUGCUUUAAAUGGUCAUGUCAUCACGUGGAAGUGUGACGAAGAAGCAUUAACACCGUACCAGCUUAUGAUUGGACACGAUGCUCCCAUAACUGCCAUUUCACCCACCAAUAAUCUGCCAUCGUCAACACGAUUCAUCACCGCGUCUUCUGAUGGUCAUCUUUGCUUGUGGGAUGUUCAAGACGGUCGUUGCGUUGAUUCGGCAUCAUCCGUAUUCGUUCACCGAUAUAUGCAGCCUUAUACUUACAAGUCUUCUCGUCACACCAGAUCGACCCGUUUAUUCUGCAUUGGCGAUUACAGCGACAUUGCUGUGGUGGAUCCACAAGACCUCACAGUUGUGUUUCAGCUGAGUUCAAGGGUGGAACCUGAUUGGAUUUGUUGUUAUGAUGUUGUGCAAAGAACGAACAAGUCAGAGCAAUGCAUCGCUAUUUCAAUGGCAGGAAUGAUAAAGGUGUGGUCCUUAGUGGAGCUGGAAAAAAAGGAUCUCGCCACACCUUUAUAUGAAGAUGAAUCGAAACGGCUAGAAUUGAGAGAUGUUAAAUCGAUUUCAUUCAAUAACGUCAACGAACGGCUUCUUCUUGUUGUCUGUUCAACAAACUGGCAGCUGGUAGAUCUCGACGACUUGUCCAUCCUUAUGGUUUACAGUUGCCCGAACAGGGCCAUAAAUGGGAAGAUUUUGGACGUUGACAAGUUAGCCGUGACAUUUGAGGACCAUACGCUCAGGGUGUACCAGCUUCCACUAGAGAAGCUGGAGGGUGCUCAGGCUCGCCAGCGCUUCGGUGCAAGUCCAAAAAACUAUUUGGGGAUAUCGGAUCCGUUCGAGUUCGCUGUAUGGGAAGACUCAAAACCAAACGUUCGCUCGUGGUUGGGUGAUGUGAACUUCACUUUUGCCUCACAGCGGAGCGACCCGUCUGUGUUCCAAGCUGCACGGGCCACACAAACAGGACAGCUUCAAAUAUGGAGGAUCCCACGGUUUGAUGAGGAGGUUUACAAAAAGUUCUCUUCUGCACCACAAUUUCCUCUGAGAUACAGAGGCAGCUUCGAAGAGUCUUUAUCGUCAGUAUGGGUAGGUCUCAAAAAGGAAGAAGAACCAACCAUGGGAGUUUCGAAUUUCGGGACCAUCACAUGCUCGUUAUUCGUGAGCGGUCAAGGCAAACUAUUAAUGGGAAUAUCGGACGGCCUGAUUAUCAUGACCUAUGCUUCCGAGACUUUGGCUAGGCAACUGCUUAACGUAGCCUUGGAUAAACCGGCUUUUCGUCGUCUGGAAGGGCAUUAUAGUGCAGUAAGGUUAGAUGUUACCAUAACUUCUCAUCGCAAUGCCUUUGAAACCAAU